AUGCCGCCGUUCUCGCCAUGCCAUCACCAAAACGACGGCCAACCGCUCCUCAUCAAUACUCAAAGCCCAGAACAUGUAUGUAUGUUACAGUCCGAAUUGGACAACUUCCGCCUUACAGGAGACUUGUACGGCACCCAAGCCGGCGAGGACUGGCCCCCUGCCUGGCCAAGCGGUCCACCCCCGACCGCCACGGUUGUGUUUGCUGCCCUUGGUGCUGCCGGCGCGCUUUCAGCAAUCACUGCCCUGGCCGCAACUGUGCGCCACAGCUUGGUCCUCCUAAAUAUCCAUCUUGGUCUCCUGGCGCUGCUGAUGGUGUGCCUAGUGGCAGCGGUGGCGGCGUACGACAAUGCUGACGGCGAGUCAGGGGAGGUGAUCCCAGACAUGGCGUCGAGUGGCCGCCGCCGCCGCCACAUUAGCGAAAGUACCGGCGGCGGCAGCGAUAGCAAUUCCGUACGAGGGGAUCUUCACGAUGCGUUGUUGGAGUAUAAGUGGGCCGACGCUGUGGUGCUUUCCGUGGAGACGUUAACGCUGCUCAUGGGUUGCUUGCUCCACUCGGCUUACAUGCGAGCGGACGAACGGGCAGAAGAUUUGGAGGAGGGGCUGCUGGCGGGCUCAUCCGCACCGCUGCUUACAUCCAGCACGGCGGAGGCGCCGGCGGGGCGGGACCACCACAGGCAGUGCCUGGUACGGCAUCACAAAACCAUCGAUGUAUCAUUUCUUAGAGACCAGCUCUACUGCGUCGAGUCUUUGUGCUGA